UCUUGACAAGACAUUACCUGCAAAUGUUAAUUCAUUUGUUUGUAGUCUGAAAAAUAUCAAUCAGUCUUUUAAACAAUCCACACGUGGAAAUAUUGAGACUUAGACUCAGUGUCAUUAUCUCUAUACGUUUUGUGAAGAAUCAGUUGAAUGUUAUUAUAAUAACAAAAGAAAAACGCGAUUUACUGUUACGUCACUAGGCCAUUUUGUAUUUGGUGAAAUCUUUGUUCUUGGAAGGUGAAAAUACAACAAAGGUUUUCCAUAAACCUAUUAUCUUGUUGAAAGUGUUAAUAUAAAUUCAUCAAAAUUCCGGUGCCUACGAGAAAUAGAGAUCCCGGCCAUUACGGUAGCGGUGAUAUGAACAACAAAAGGAAGAAUCGAGGAGGCCCUGUAAGGACACAACGACCUCCUCGGUCAGUAGUGCCUGAAGGGGUCUAUAGCAAUGCACAUUUUAUGCAUGCUUCCACGGCACAAGUUGGAAACGUAGUGCGUAUAACAACGGCAUCCGGUAGUGUUUGGGAAGGUGUGUUCAAAACUUUUUCAAGUCAUUUUGAUGUGGUCUUAGAGAUGGCAGCCAGAGUUGAUAAUCCAGAGAGCCCUAAUUCCCAAAUUAAAGCAGAUACCUCCGUAGACAAGCUCAUUUUUAAACCUUGUGAUAUUUUGACAAUGGUGGCGCAAGAUGUAGACCUAGAUUACCCCACAAGAGAUACCUUUCAAACUGAUACUGCCAUUUCUGCUCGACUCAAUGGUAACUCUAAAAUGGAAGAAAGAGAACUAGAACCUUGGGACCCAUCAGGUCUCAACAAUGGAGACUUACCCCUUGAACUUGACCAAGCUAAUGGCUGGGAUCCUAAUGACAUGUUUAAAAAGAAUGAGCAAGAGUAUGGAGUACAGAGUACUUUCGAUCAGUCACUUAGAGGUUACACGGUGCCAUUGCAGCAUACUGAUACUCCAGACUACAAAGAAGCAGAAGCAAAAGCCAAUCUGAUAGCUAACGAAAUUGAGAGUCAACCUGCACAUAAAGCAAGGUUAGAUUUGGAGAAUGGGGAUGAAGAAUCUGUUUUUGCAGCUGUGGUACGACCACACCAAGAAUCUAAUACAAAUGGUAAAUAUAUCCCUCCAGCAAAAAGAAAGAACCAAAACAAUGGAAAAUUGGUGAGGAGUACUCCUCCACCAAGUCAGAGCAGCAGCAGUAGUCAAAAUACUCCCUCGCCUAAAGAAGCUAGACCACCAAUGAACUAUCCUACUCAUUCAUCUCCGCACCAGAACAACAUUCAUAUUCAUCAAGCACCACCAAAUCAACAGCAGCAAAUGCAUAAUGCAAAUGUGCAUUCUCCUCCAAUUAUCAUGCAGUCCCAGCCGAUACCCACCCACAAUCGUCCUCAUUCCCAUACGCCUCCUCAUCAGAUGCAACCCCCUGUCCAAAUUAGACAGCCACCUCCUCCAGUUCAACAGCAACCCCAUCCACCCAAACCUCAAAUCAACGGAGAAGCAAAACCGGCGCCUCCAAGACAACAAAGGAAUGUUUAUCAAAACCAAAAUAUGCAGCAAUACCCUCCAGAGAUGAAACAAGAAAUGAAUAUUCCGGUACAUCAAGUGAGGCAUAGGGAAGAAUUAAAAGAUUUGCAUCAGUUCGCCCAAGAUUUCAAAUUAAAUCCUAUGCAAGUUGACCAACCUCCACCUCAUAUACAAGGACCGCCUCCAGUUGUGGAACAGGUCCAACAGAUUCCAACAUUUAUACCCACGAAACCUCCACAACAAGCAUCUCCCCCACAACCACAGCAAGCCAUAAGCCCACCACAGGAAAAUAUAGAUAAAGUAACAAACACUUUGAAGAAAUCAACUCUGAAUCCUAAUGCCAAGGAAUUUGUUUUGAAUCCUGCGGCUAAACCAUUUCAGCCAAGGUGGGUGGAAUUAAAUAAACCUCAAUCACCUCAUGAAAUUUGGCAAGGCAGGCAUCGAAAAUAUUUUGGAUCCCCAAGUACACCGUCAGCAAGUAGACCACACACUCCACAAACUCCUAGCCAUAGUCCAUAUAUACCAGCAUCGGUGGGUGGUCCUGCGGUGCCUCCUCAAAUGCCUGUGAUGAUGCCGGUGCACUAUGUUGUAACAAGCCAACCUCAGUAUCAACAACCUCCGCAAGGAAGGAUCAAGCGAUUAACUGUGAGAGCUGAUGUUACAUCUCAGAUGCAAGUUGCUGCCGCAACAGGUCAACCCCUUUUGGCUCCAGCACCCAUGCAGCCAUUCCUUUAUCCGCCUAACAUGAAUCAAGCUUAUCAACCUAUGCAUGCAGCAGUCAGGAUGUACGAGACGCCUCCUCAGAUACAGUACAUAAAUCCAAAUCAUCACCCAUCUCAAACCCCAUCGCCUGCCCAACCUCCACAAUAUAAUCCUGCCCAAGGCCCACAGGGUCCACCUCAGCAAUGUCAAGCAGCUCCUCCUCCUCAGGGUCAUCAUCAGUUCCCGUUGAUGUACCCCAUAAUACAAGCGCAACCACACAUGAUGCAAAGCGUUCAGUAUUUGCAGCAAGGACCUCCCCCUCCUCAGCAUCCAAUGCCCAUGCUCAUGCAUCAACAUCCAGGACAGGGUAACCCACAUGGUCCUAAUCCUUAACGGUGAAUGUAGGUGUUAUGUUAGGUGAAUUUUUAAUAAUCUUUUUGUCGUCAUCUUUUCUUUUUUGGUUUUUCCUUUUUCAUCUCUUUUUAAAAUUGAAGGUUGGUGUUGUUGAUUUUGAAUAUUAGAUUUUAAGAAUACUAAUAGUUUAUUAGGAAUUACAAUUGAAGCAAAUUUUUUGGUUUUGGUUCAAGUUUCAAGAAGCAGGACUUCGAAGGCCUUGCCAGUAAAAAUGUUAUGUAUAAAAAUUAUUACUGUUGUAAUAUUAGCAAUGAAUAAUUUGAAAGUAAUUGAAUUGAUAAGCAAAUAUUUUUAGGGGGGAUUUGUUUGAUAAGUGGUGAAAUAUUCAUAUAUAAUAUUUUAAUAAAAAUAUACAAUAACAUUUGUAGUAAUGAAAGAAAUUCUUUCAACUCAAAUAUGUUCCCAAAAGAAGCUUUCAAAGGCAUGUAAUGGAAUUGGCCGAUACUUGAAAAUCCGUUAUAUAUUCAAGUAACAAUUAAUUGUGAAUUAUGAGUGGACUGACCCUUUACUUGAUGGAAAUUAAUAAAACUAUCCAUGAUUAUAAUAACACAUUUUUCACUAACAUUUUAAUUCCUAGACACGUUUCGCUGACGCCGUAGCUUUGGCUUCCUCCAUAGAAAUUAAUCCACGGUGUUGGCGAAACGCGUCUAGAAAUGAAAAGUUUGUAAAAGUUGUAUUAUUAUUAUUAUCGUGGACACUGUAUUGUGAAAUUUUCACUGAACAGCUCACAAAACCUAAAUACUGUUUCACUAUUCAGUGAAAAAGUCACAAAGUGUUACUUCAAUAUUUUCAAAGGCAAUUAUUAUUAUUUGACAUUUCCAGGAUUCUCUUGGAAAUAAUUAUUUCACUUUUUUGUUAGGAUGUUCUCCUGAAUAUUAUUUUCUUAUCUGAUCCAUCAAACUUCAGGGAUUAUUUCAUUUUGAUGUUAAUAACAAAAUUCCUGGGAUACAUGACGAUAAUGUGAUCAGUAUUACAGUACGGUGAAGCCUAACUGUCAUAUUGUUGAGAAAAAUUAGGUCAGAAUAUCAUCAAUAUUUCAGUGGGUGCAAACUGCAAUGCAGUUUGUAUGUUAUAAGAUGUCUAUACAUUGGUAUAUUUCUUUUAUUCUUUUUUUUUUUUUU